AUGCGAAGUUACGUCGAAGGCGAAGUUACGUCGAAGAUUGUGUCCCGUGACGCCAACAAGGCGGCCCAGAAAGCCGUUUGCCCUGAUCAUUUUUGGCUGUGCUGCUUUCACGCAAGCGGCCAUGGCACGCCUGUACCCAGAAUUCUGGCCAACUAUGGAGAAGCUCGAGAUCAUGGAGUGCGUAGCGAGCUGCCGGCGGGCGGCCUCCGGUGCAGAAGGCUUUCCGAACCGCACUCCCAUUCGCGGCCCUUUCCAAGAGAAGUGCUGCAGCAGGAGAGGUUCAUCAGCAUCAGCCGGCCAUGA